AUGCAAAGGGGAAGGCAACCAUCUCAAUCAUCUCAACGUUCUUCAAGGCAACAAUCUCAAUCAUCUCAGCAUUCUUUUAAGACACAAUUUCCUACUUAUAUACGUCUGUAUAUUGAGGACAUAGUAGAUGUUGUGGUGGAUGGAAAUUGUGGGUUUCGUACAAUUGCAGCAUUGCUAGGUUGGACCGAAGAAUCUUGGGCUUUAGUUCGAUCACAAUUGGAUAAAGAGAUUGGUCUACAUAAAGAUGUUUAUUCUAAUGUUUUUGAUGACAAUGUUGAAUCAGUGCGCAACUCAUUGAAAAUAUCAAAAUUGGGUGCUCAAGGAAAAGAUAAGUGGAUGUCUUUACCAGACUUGGGUUACGUGAUAGCAACACUAUAUAAUGUCAUAUUGGUGUCGUUGUCUCGUAAUCUGAAUAUGACAUUUUUCCCGCUAAACAAAUCACCAUCGAAAGAGACCUUUGUUCACUCUUUACUAGCAAUUGGAUUUGUUAACGAGAAUCAUUGGGUACAGAUCAAAUUGAAGUCUGAUUGUCCUUUGCCACCUACGUCACAAAAAUGGAAAGACUUUUGUAGUGACACAACAAAGAGUUGGGAAGUAGCUUAUAUGCAGCACGUAUGA